UCGGUCACUCAAACACACGCUGCCGAUCGACCGGGACAGGCUCGUCACAGUAAGUAUAUCGGCACCCAAGUCAGCAUGAGCAGAAAGCGAGAGAGGGACGGCGGCGACGGUGACACGUUCCAGCAAGACAGCAGUGGCGCAGAAUCGCUCCUGUUUGAAAUCGCUCCGCCUCCGGAAGACAGGACGACCAAGCGCAGCAAGAGCAGUGCUUCAGACGCCCCUCUGCUGCCGCAAGAGUCUGCGGGCAGUGCCGGCGAUGGCAACAACAAUACAACAAGCACAGCAGAGCCGAGCAAGUAUCACCCCGCAGCCAUCGCACCGUCGUCCACUCUCCGGCAAUGCGACGGCUUGAAUGUCGUGAAGAACAAGGCGCGAGGACGAGGGCGGCAGCUCAUGGUACUGCCCGGCGUGCUCGGCCUGGGUAACGGCAGUACCGGCGGCAAACUUGGGACGCUGAACAACGCCGCACCGGCGAACCCCGUGCUGUACGUGGAAUUUCCCGAGGGUCGGCUGAAGUGCACGGGGCGCAUGGUGCACGCCAAGGGAAGGUUCUUCACGCUGUACGCGGACAAGGCUGCCGGCCGCGCUACCCGCAUGGACUGCCGCGACGUGUUCGACUCCGCCGUGUUCUUCAGCAAGGCUUGCUGGGUGGGAAAGAAGGAAGACAAUCCGUCCGAGGAACCCCUUCCCCUGCCCGAGUCGCUGCAGACCCUUCGAGGAGAGGAUGAACAGGCCCCAGGCAGUGGCGGCGACGACGGUGACGCCACCGGCGGGGGUGACGCCGCGCAGAAGCUCACGGCCGCCGACUUCAAGACACACUUCGGCGGUGGGAACCCGGCAUCUCUCAUGUCGGGAGACUCGGAAAGCAAAGCCUCCGCGGGCAACGGCGCGGGGAACGGGGAGCGGGGUGGCGGCGGCAGCGGCGGAGAGGAAGGGAUCUCGGCCGCGGGGGCGGAGGGAGCGACGAAGACGGUCGGCCGACGCACCAGUAGCCGUUCCACCAAGAGCACCAAGACGUACGUAGAGGAAGACUCGAGUGACGGCGAGCUUGAGGACGGGGGCGGCAGCAGCAGCAGCGGCGGCAGCGGUGACGAAGGGGCUAGAGGAGGGAGAGGAGGGGCGGACGAUGGAGACGAGGACGUCGUUGCCGUUGAGGGAGGAAGCAGUGGUAGCAGCAAGGACGGCGGUGGUGGCAGCGGCAGCGGUAGCGGUAGCGGUGCCGGAGGGGUGGAAGCGUUCUCUAUCCUCAACUCGCCGGCCACGGCGAAGAGGAAGCCGGUCACGGUGGGCUCCGGCAAGGAGAAGAAGAGCGCACCGGCCUCGAGCAAGAAGAGAAAGGCCGCCGCCGCCGGCGCUAAAGGGAAAGGCCGCCGCCGAGCGCUGGCCAGCUCCGGGUCUUCGUCAUCAUCGAGCGAUGACGAUAAGGGUGGAAGCGGAGAAGAGAACGGGAAUUCCGGUGAGGAGUCUCCUGCUUCGGGGGAGGACGUGGCGGCGGCGGCGGUGAGAUCAGGUCCCGCGAGAAGGAGCAGCCGGUCUAGUGCCGCGUCACGGGUUAAGUACACCCAGAGCAGCAGCGGUUCCGAGGAGGAGGAUGAAGAGGAAGAGGAAGAGGAGGAGGAAGGAGGUGAUGGUGAUGAUGAUGAUGAUGAUGAGUUCGAGCCGUAGACUUGUUUUGCGAGGAAAGGGGUCGUGUGUGCCUUCGACGUAUUCCCUUUUCGCGGGGGAAGGAUGCCCUCGCGACAUCAUCGAAUUCUUGCUUGCCUGCGGUCGGAUCAAAGUUGAGUGUGAUGGGGUUUUGGCGGGCGAACGCCGUGUGUUCCUGCUGUUGUUGCGUCGGAUCAAGUUGAGCGUGUCACUGAUAAGGCUUUUCGGUGGCAAACGCGUUGUGCUCCUUUUGUUGGGUCGUUUCCUGGCUCUGGAGAUGGGGAAGGUUUUCUCUUCCUUGGUAAACAUGUGGAGUGUUGAACGUCGGUGGUUGGAAUUGGGUGUUUCCGGGCGACUGCUGCUGUCGUUGUUGCUGUUGUUUGCUGCUGACGGCCUUCGGCACAAUAUGGCGUUUUACGUGUUCGCUGUAUGCGAGAAAAAGUUGGGGCUAUUUUCUCCGACGUGGUGCGGGAGAGGCUUUUGUUGCCCCAGUUACUAGACUGCUGAGGGUAGCCAUCAGGCAGUGCGAAGUGACGUGAUGGAUGAAAAAGAACUCGUUAAGCACCGGAUUGGAUAGAUGGGAGACGCGGCUGUGACACCCAGGGUAAAUAUUGGAGC